CAUGAAAGGUUCUAGACGUCAUUACUAUUUUUCUCGACAUGAAAAUUAGAGACGUAUUUUCACGUCAAACCAAAAAAAGAAAUAUUUUCCCAUUUCUCACCCUUUCUCUUUAGUAUAAGUUUUGGACUUCUAACUCCUGUCAGAAGAUAACAUAGUUCAAAAACAAUUCUCUCUCCUUUUCUAGUGUAAUUUGUUCUUCUUGUGUGUCAAAACAAUGCCCAAAAACCUUAAUUUUUGCUUCACAAGGUUCAAAUCUUUGCCAUCUCUCCAAGAAAAUCAUAGACGUCCAUUUUGCAAUCCCGCUGCCGCAUCUUUACUUAUCAAGAACUUCAACUCUCUUUAUGAUUGCACAAUCGAUUGCUCAGCCGCCGCUGCGACCUCAGCCUCAGUCGCAUCCUCCACCACAUCGGUCCACCGUUCUUUAUCUGACUCUGAAUCCGAAACUGAGACCACCAACACAGCAGAUUUAGCCACCGCCUUCGCCUCCCAACGCUUCUUCUUCUCCUCCCCUGGCCUCUCCAACUCCAUUGUAGACUCAAUAUCAGCAUCGUCAUCAAUCGCAUCAACCUCAUCUUCCUCACCGGAAAAACCACAGGAAUCUGAUACUAUUGCCGUUCCAAAGUACUCCGUGGACCCCUUCAUCGACUUCCGGCGAUCCAUGCAAGAAAUGGUGGAGGCGCGAGAACUUAAUGAUGUAAAAUCCAACUGGGAUUACUUGCAUGAGCUUCUCAUGCGCUAUCUAUUCUUAAACCCCAAAAGCACCCAUAAAUUCAUCGUCGGAGCUUUUGCUGAUCUCGUCGUCAGCCUGAUGACACCUUCACCACCGGAUAGUGGCCGGCGGAAAUAAGGGAAAUGUAUGUAAUUAUUUUAGCUUCAGCUUGGUAUCAUUUUCAUAUAAUUUAUGUUGUUGUAAAAUAUAUAAAUGUUGACAGUUCAUGAAUGAACAUGUGGGGUUAAUAUGCAUUUGGUCCCCUUUUGUCUUCAAUUAUAAUCAAUUGCCUUGUCCUUUACAGCAUGAACAUGUUUUAGUUUUGGUGUGCCAUUUUGGUAUUAGAGUACAUCGAUCUUCAGUUUAA